AUGUCACAUCCAGAGCUACCGCACAUCACUCCUUUUCGGUCUGAACAAGGGAUCGCGGAGAGUAUGAUAAGGCAUACAAUCCUCCCACCACGAAAUGGCUUCGAUGAACACACACGAUUAAACACGGCCCGUCGUCACGGGGCCCUUCCUGCAGUGGGCUAUCGAGGACCAGUUCUCCAACGGCCGUCGACCAUCUUUCAACUGCAAUGGACCACAGAUCAGGUGGAAGAUGGGGACGAAGAUAACGGUGGGUAUGGGAAGCUCCACCUUCAAAGAUCCUGGAGAGCCGUGAAGGAAGAAGCCGUCCGGUCCACGAGAACAGCAAUGGCAAUGGUGGCAAUGGGUGAGGAGUCGGACUGCAGAGAUAUGCCGAAAACAGCGCAGAUUGUGGAUGAAUUUGGCGCUGGCCUACGGCUUUGCUGUGUGUGACUGUUGCAGCCAUAAAGACAGUCGACACUGCCGAUGCUAGGCCCUAACCAAGGGGUUUUCACGUGGCGAAGAAAGCGAAGGGCAGAUAAUCAGAUCCUGUGAUUGACUUCUGCUAUUCCAAAAAGUCCUCUCUGACACUCUGACAGGAUAGGGGUUAAGCAUAGGGUCUGCAGGGUGUGCGAUGGCUAGGUAUGGGAAGGUACUGUGUUCUUCAGAUGAGCGACUAGCCAGGCCUUUUGCCCGUGUAUUGAGCAUUGCAGCUGGCCAUCCUCACUAGUUGGGUGUAUUGAACCGAAAGGAUGCCAUGGCGCGGAGGACUUUCCAGCAUGUUACUCGGGUCAACAGCAUUGGAUUAUUCUGAUC